AGGCGCCCUAAGCAUGGCGGACGUGACACGUUCAGGGAUAGAAAUGGAAAAUAAACGCGGUAAGCUCUGCCGAACGUCGCUGCGCAGGUCAUUCCGGCUGGACGCCGCGCCGAGUGCCGUGUGAAGAGCUCAGUUCAGCCGCUUCUCCGAACCGGCUUUUCCCCUCAGCACCACUCGGAUUCGAACCCGUACAGGCCGCCGGGGCGGCGCGCUGCUGCGGUGUUGUCCAACGCGCUGAGCCACCGAGGAACCGCUCGCUCGGCCCGGAAAAAGGGCUUAUGUGUUUUGUGCCGCUGUGCUGCGCUCACAGCACCGCUGUGAACCCCAGACUUUGCUGAUGGCAGCUUCUGCCCCAGAGGUGGGCAGACAGACAGGACAGGUGAUGGGGUUUCCCUCUGAGGAGGACCAGAAGAACCAAAGUGGACAGGUGAACCAUGGGCAUAGUGCAAGCACCUGUAACAUGAACGGAGGUUCUCUGGCAGACCUGCAAGAGAGAGAGUCAGAACCUCAGGCUGUAGCCUGUGAGUCCUCUGAGGUGAUCAUGAGGCCGGAGGCUGAGUCUAUUGUGUCCGACUCAUUAGCUGAAGAUGACCAGGAAGUGUCUGAAGGACAGACAGUAGACAGCUCUCAGCUUCACUCAAACGAUGACCAAGCGGGCAUACCACCGGAGCGGAAAAAGCGGAAAAGGGGACGCAGAAAAAAGAUAGGAUACAUUAGGAAAACCUCCAAGACGGCUCCAGCUUCCAACGCUGAGCCCAAAACUGAAACCAGACGCAAGACUCCCGCAAAAAGGAAGCUAAAAGUCAUCAGUGAACCAGUUCCUCAGACUCCUGUACUUCAUGACAGCCCUGCUGCUCCUGAAAGCCCCGAGAUGACUCCGGGUGGCCGUCCAAAGAGGAGAGCUGCCAAAGCUGCUCUAGAAUACCUCCACAAUAUCACCAAGGAUCUUGAACAUUUUGAUGUGGCAUCUGGAAAGAGAAAGAGAGACAGUCCAGACCAGCCAGCCAGUCCUGCUCAGAGAAAAGCCUCAGGAAGAGGGAGGGGGCAGAAGAGGAAAGCACUGGACUACGACAGUGACCAGUGUGAUGACACUGACUUUGACCCUGAGGACGAUGAAGAAAUGGAUAGUGAAGAAGAAGAAGAAGAAGAAGAAGAAGAGUAUAGAAAGGAAAUGUCAGACUUGUUUAAAAAGAAGACGGCUCACAAACACAAGCUGGUUGGAAGUAAUGGAUUGUCUAACUGUGCCAUGCAACCUGUUUGGGCGUCCUUUAGAAACACCAAAACAUUUCGGGAAGAGCAUUCCUCCUCCUGGGUCUUCUCCGAGUGGAUCCCUUCAGUUAGUGAAUGGUGUCUCUUGUCCAACAGUGAGGCAGAGAAGUAUUUACCCCAGGAGGAGGAAUCCGCAGCUUUUACAUUAUCUCGCGAGGGAAUCAAAGAAGAAUGUCCUCUACAUACGAUGAAAAGGUUUGAAUCCUUGCCGCCUCAUGCGGAGAGGUGGGACUCCCUGUUCUUUGUUGGGGGUCCUGUCUGGGCUAUGGAGUGGUGCCCUCUCCCUGAAGGUGCUGCAGAAACACAGUAUGCUGCGCUGUACUGCAACAGAAGUGGGGAUGACCGGCACAAAGCAAAUGUGCUCUGCACAGAGCAGACACUGCUCCAGCUGUGGGAUCUAGGCAAACUACAGAUAAGUAGACCGUCAUCCUCUCCGCAGCUGGCCUACGCCCUGGCAAUAGAUGAGGGCUGCAUUUGGAACUUGAAGUGGUGUCCAGCAGGGGCCUGGGAGCUACCUACAACUGAAAGGAAGGCCCCUCACCUGCCUCGACUGGGACUAAUAGCAGCAGCUUUUUCUAAUGGAACUAUUGCUGUUUAUAGUCUUCCACACCCAAAGGCCUUAACAGCCCAAAGUCAAGCUAGAGGGGAGGCCAGCCAAGCACCGCUGAUAUACCGGGUACGGCGCAUCAUGACUGUUAAACUCGGCUCCAGCCAGGCGGAUCACAACGGGCAGAGUGGACCGUGCUUUGCCCUUGACUGGCUUCCUGUCAAACCACACAACAUACUGGCUGCUGGCUUCUAUGAUGGUACAGUGGCUUUGUGGGAUCUGAGCACAAAGUCAUCCUUGCAGAGAGUCCGGUCUCCAGACAGAUCUCUCUGUCUCUUCCCUUAUCACUGUUUCCUCGCUCAUGACCACACUGUUCGCUCCCUCAGCUGGUGCAGGGCCUCAAGUGAGCUGCUUGUGACGGUAGGGGAUGACCGCAUGGUUAAAUUUUGGGAUAUUACCAAGACGUGCGUUCCCCUGAAGGCAGUAAAGCGCUUUCUGCCCACGGAGGUGUCCUGGCCUAUCUUGUGGUCAGGCAUAUUUCAAACCCAGGAGUGCUGCUUUACCACGCUUGGACAACAAGGACUUCAUUACCUUGACUCAGGUUAUUUGGGUCAUAAACCUUUCUUUGUGUGUACGAGGAAAGCUACUGUAUGGAGCCUCUCUAUGUCUGACUGGGUAAACUCUUGUGUAAUGGGAGACAACAUUGGAGAUCUGGUCUUUUCUCUGCUGUGUGACCCGGACUGCAACUAUGCCAACACCAAGAGACACAGAUUUCCGGUGUACAGAACAGAGCUCGUCCAGUUCAGGCCGGGCCAGUUGCUCAAGCAGGCUCAGGAGGAAGAGGAGCAAGAAGUGGGAGAUGUUCCCCUAGAGGAGCCGCAGAGCUACAGAGGAGCCGCAAAAAAAUACUACCUCCGCUUCCUUGACAUGGAUCUUAGGUCUUUCAAAAAGUAUCAGGAGAAGCCUCUGAUGAAGAAGCUGCAUACCUCUGAGAUUAAAGGCAUUCUGUCUGUGGAUCAGAUGCCACUGAAUGCGCUCUACAAGGUUCGCUUCAACCCCAACAUGGAUGCACAUGGUUGGGUGCUGUCAGCCGGCCAGUCGGGCCUGGUGCGUGUCCACUGCGUUCGUGGACUGAGCGGCUCUCUCAUGCACAAGCUUGUCCACGAGGCCCAAGCGCAGUUCAGCGCCAUGUUCCGCUCUCAGGAACACGAUGCCACCGCUACUGCCGUCCGACGCUGCACAGCCGACACCGUGCAAGUACGAUAGCACUGACCACUGAUGGUUCCGUCCAGCGAACUCACCUGAUCACCAAAACCGAGCCUAAAGCGGCAUUUUACUCUGGCGGGGUUUCAUAGACUCGCAAUUUUUUAAAGAUUACUUAACUUAUUUCAAGGACUUAAAAAAGACCAUGGCCUUUUCAUACACAGCUGUGGAACCUCAAUGAUUUUGUAUUUUAUAUGGUUUAUUUUUAUCAGUGUCGAUGAUGUACAGAUGUACAGAGAAGGAACGCUGCUGUCAGAGUUAGAGCACUUUUCAUCUGCUGCAGAUUUGGAUUUUUCUAAUAAUCAAUACUUUCUAGCUUUGGUUUUAUUUAUAUAUAUAAUUAUAUCUCAAGUAAGGGUUGUUUUUUAUUUCUAUAUGAAGGAAAAUAAACCUGUUUGUGUCCUCAUUAA